AGCUUGUCCAUCUCGCGAUUGGGGGGCACGGCACAACAUACAAUAUAUUCAGGUAUUUGUAACGCAAGCUCCAAAUUCAUCCAGCCAACGAGAGGUCGUCCAUGAUGACGCUUUCUGCUUCCCUAGAUGUUAUCCCUGGAAUGGGGUCCGCCGUCAUUGAGCACUGUCGCGUGACUCGCGGCCACGUCGACAAAGAUAUAGCCGGAUUCAACAAGGACAUGGCUGCAUUAACCGAGUCUUCACGCGGCCUUCGCUCUCGCGGGAUCACUUUCUCCUGUAUAUCUUGGCUUCCACCCAAGACUCUUUCUACUAUCUUCACAUACAUUGAAGAAGAGGACACUCUCAAGAGUCAUACGGGCACAUCCCGCCCUCGUGCUGCUCCUAUUUCCAUGAUAAUCGCGCACGUCUGCAGGCACUGGCGCCAAAUCGCCCUUGAGUCCCCUACUCUUUGGGCAUCCCUCAAUUGUGUCUCUGCUAAUUGGCUAGAUAUUAUGUUCGAGAGAUCGAAGAAAGCCAUUUUAGUCGUCAUCUACAGGUCACCGGGCUCGUUGCGAAAAUGUUUCCAGCAGAUUUUUUCACAGUUACCUCGAAUCAAAUUCCUCCAGUUGUGCUCAUAUCCAUGGGAGGUCAAUCGCAUUUUGGACUGCCUACCAUCGCAGCCCGCGCCGUCGCUUCAAACAUGCAAAUUCUCGGUCGCGAGGAAGUCUCGUACAGGAGUCAUCAGGCCCAUAUCCGAUGCUAUUUUUCAAGGACAAGCCCCCCUACUUCGGAGCGUUGAGCUUACAGAAUGUACCUUCCGCCGGACGUCCUGUAUUUUUAGCCGGCUCCGAACUCUAUAUGUGAGAUGAAUAGGAUCUGCCUCUGAUCCCACUCUGUCGCAACUCCUGUCAGCUCUGAGACGUAUGCCUGAGUUGGAGCAGCUUACGCUUGGGCUGUCAUCCAGGACAUCGAGCUCUCCGACCAAGUUCCACUCACUUCUGCACCCGGUUUCACACUCAUUCUCGCUUGUGUGCUUGUCCGAGUCUGCGCUCGUUCUCACAUGUCUGUACUCAUUUUUGCUCG